AUGCCCUCAACUACCAGCUCGAGUCAAGGCCGCGAAGGCGCGCCGCGGAAAUACGCGUAUAACUGGGAAGGGGCCCGGGAGCGAGAGACGCACCUGUACCUCCCCUACUGGGGCUUCUCCGGCUCCGAGAAAUUCGCCCAGCAGUCCGUCGGCGACUACCCGAACAAGUCCCGCGACAAUGUUCUCACCGUCUUUGCCCAGCUCGCCUCGCUACGUAUGAAUGCGCAACGAGCCCUUAUUUCCCUCUUCGAUAAAACGUCGCAACAUGUCAUCGCCGAAGCGACCCCGGAUUUGUCUCUUCGUGGCGCCGAGGCCGCUAAUUGCCAGGCCUCGCUGUGGCUUGGUGUGCGCAAGGUUCCCCGACAGACGAUUACGAUGUGUUACCACGCCGUCAAUUCAUUUAUCGAGAAGGGAGGUGAUAUCUUUGUCGUCGGGGACUUGACGGCCGAUAAACGGUUCAAGGACCAUCCGUCCGUUACGGAUUAUCCGCAUAACCGGUUCUACGUCUCGGUGCCGAUUGUUUCCCCGGAUGACUACAUUAUAGGAAGUGUUGCUGUGCUGGAUGAUAAGGCUCGAGAUGGUGUAAGGCGCGAGCAGAAGCAGUUUCUACAAGAACUUUCGGCAACGGUUAUGGACCACCUGCUGGCGCAACGGGCGAUGCGUGAGGAGUACCGCGAGGAGAAGAUGGUGCGCGCGCUGGGCCUGUUCGUCAAGGGCAAAUCCGAUCUCAACGAGUGGUUCUAUAGUCGCGAGGCGCCGGGCAAGAAGUACGGGGGGAAUAUCACGCAUGUCAACAAACGUCUUGAGCGGCUGCAGGUUUCGGCGUCGCAAGGGGAAAGUCCCCACGAGUCUGAAAAUGAGCAGGAUGGGGAGAAGAGAUCGCAAACUGGCUCGCAGACAGGGAACGCCGGUGACUUUGUGUCGCCUGUUCAGCGUUAUAAGACUGAUAGUGAUGGUAAGGGCGAGGACGAGCAGGAAGGUGGCGAGGGGAAGAAAAAGAGGAAGAAUCGGCCGCAGCUCUCGCCGACUACCAGUCAACUGCAAGAAUCCCUUGCGCCAUCAAAUGUCCGUUCGGUAGUAAACCGUGCUGCUACGAUGAUCUACCAGGCGCUGGAUGUCGAAGGAGCGAUGUUCAUCGAUGCCAGUGUCUACGCUCGACGACAGGCCGUCAGCUCAAGCGUUCCCAGCAACGACAAACCUGGGGAUUACGAUGUCGAGCAGGCUGACGGCAGUGGAGAGGACCACAUGGCAUCAGGUCUCGCACACCCCGAGUCUGAAACCGAUUCCAGCAAGGAGGACGACAACCAGCGAUCCCGAAGUCUUGUUGUCGGUCAUUAUACUUCCUCUACGUCAGAAGCAGGCGUCAAUCUCUCCGAUAGCCACUACAUCUCACUUUCGGGCGGCUUCAUAAACCACCUCAUUGACCAGUAUCCACGGGGCAAAAUCUUCCAUCUUGAGGAAGACCGUUCUAUCUCGUUGAGCUACGAGGGAGUUGCCGAUGAGAUCGACUAUUCCACGUCUGGCAGCCGCGGCGCCAUGACAACGGAACCCGACAAGGAAAAUAUGAAACAGGAGACAGUAGACAUUCAACGGUUGACCAAGGUUCUCCCGGACGCCCGGUGCAUUGCCAUCUAUCCUGUCUGGGACUUUCAGCGCGGACGCUGGUUUACCGUUUGCGUUGUGUGGACCAACGAUCCCGGUCGAGUCCUCUCGGAGCCAAAGGAUCUGACAUACCUGGCUGCGUUCAGCAACACGGUCAUGGCAGAAGUGUCUCGCCUCGACUUGGAGGCGGCGGACCGCGCCAAAAGCGAUUUCAUCUCUUCGAUAUCUCAUGAACUGCGGUCGCCCCUGCACGGAGUUUUGGGAACCGUCGAGCUGCUCCAAGAAAUGGUGAAUACCUACGCACAGCGGUCCCUAGUGGAAACCGUCUACAGCUGUGGUCGGACUUUGCUCGACACUCUCAACCAUCUACUCGACUACGCCAAGAUCAACACAAUGACCCGCUCCGACCAUAGGAAUGGCAAUGGACAAAACCGCGCCGCCAAAUCGAGUCCCGAAGGAGCCGUAUCCGGGUCUCGACAGGACGAGGAUCUCAGCGUGCUGGUGCAGGAAGUGGUUGAAGGCCUUCUCGCCGGCGCACAGUACCAGCGCAAGGGCCAGAAUAGUAAUAACAAUGGACCUCAACGCGGCUCGGAGUCGCGACUAAUGACGAUUGUCGACAUCGAGUGGAAGGACAGCUGGCUGUACAGUGUCCAUUCUGGUGCGUGGCGCCGAGUCGUGAUGAACCUCUUUGGCAACGCCCUCAAGUACACAAACAGUGGUUACAUCCAGCUUUUGAUGAAAGGUGAUACCUUGAUGGUGAGCGGGCAAAAGAAAUCCGCCGUUCACAUCACGAUUAGCGAUUCUGGUCGGGGCAUGUCCAAGGACUUUCUCACGCACCAUCUGUACAGCGCGUUCAUGCAGGAAGAUUCAACCUCUCCCGGGCUUGGAGUUGGCCUUCAUUUGGUGCAUCAAAUCGUCAAGUCGCUCAAAGGAACGAUCAGCUUCUCCAGUGAGGUUGGCAAAGGCACGUCGGUGGACGUUGUUCUCCCCAUCAAGAACCCAGAAGACUCUACCCCGCAAUCACACUUGUACACCAAGUUAAGAGAGCAGUUGAGCGGAAAGACCGUCUCGCUCUUCACGUGGAGCUCCGACCUGGGCGGUUUGAGGUUUGGCGAUAAAGACUUUGCGCCAAUGCUCACGAGUCUCGAAAGGUUGAUUUCCGAAUGGUUCGGGCUGCGUGUUCUGUCGACAGAUGAGAUGGAUAAUAACCAGCCAGACCUGGCAAUUGUCACGGAGCACGAGUAUCGGAACUAUUAUCGUGAGGGGUCCAAGGUGCCCAAGUCUGCAGAUACAGGGAUUCAGCCGCACCUGCCGCUGAUUGUUCUCUCGGCGGGGACGAGUAGCUGGGAGGCACUUGGUGAGAGCGUGGAGGAUUCGGUUAUUUUCCUCACACAGCCGAUGAGCCCGAGAACCUUGGCGACGGCCUUGUCACACUGCUUGGAACCUAGCGAGGGCUUUGGCGAGACGAUGAAAAAGCCACGCUCGUCGGUGCAGUCGAACAAGGAGGAGGCUAGUUCGGAGCAAGAACCAAAGACGAACGGAAUCAAAGCGGAUUCGGAUGGUAUCGGAACAGAUGGUACUGACGAAAAAACGGACGGCGAAAAGAAGGCGAAAAGAAUCCUUUUGGUAGACGACAACCAAGUCAAUCUCAAGAUUGUCGAAAUGUCGGUCAAAGCCGCCGGAUUUGCGCACGACUCUGCCGAGAACGGGCUAGAAGCACUAGAAAAGUUCAAAAAGACCAGAUACGACGCUGUUGUGAUGGACAUUUCGAUGCCUGUCAUGGACGGCCUGACCGCGACCCGCGAAAUGCGCGAAUUCGAGGACAAGAAGAAGCUCGCACCGGCCACGAUUGUUAUUCUCACCGCUGCCCUCUCGGCGUCGAUGCAGCACGAAGCCAUCAUGAGCGGGGUCAAUCUGUUCCUGACGAAGCCGACGCCAUUGAAGCGGCUGAGGGAGAUUUUGCGGCAGUUGGCGGAGGGGAAAGAGGUUUCGCAGGAUUGA